CCAGUUUAACAGAUUGCAUAUCCAGUGUUAAGUUGAUUGUAUAUUAACUGUAGUAAAAUAAUUUCGAAUAUGAGCAAAGACAAAACUGAUAAAAUGCCUUUGCUGGAAAAAAGUAAAACUACUGAAUCAGGAAAUUCUGAGGCAGCUAAUACUAGUACUACAGACUUGGCAACAUGCGGGAGUUAUGGAACAACUUCCAUCCAGUCCUCUCCUGCUACGAGUGCUGCUACAUCCUUGAUGUUGGCUCCUGGGAGGACCUACUCUCCCGCAUCUUCAGCUGUGGCUUCCCCAUCCCAUCGGCCAUCAUAUCCUCCCCCCACUAUAUUGACUCCUCGUCAUUCCAUCGCUGGAUCAGUGAUGCCAGGAUCGGAAGAGAAGAAGAAGAAGAAACCUCCUCCUCCCUUCCUGCAAAAAGAAGUCAAAAUCAAAAAUCCCAAAGAAAUUAACCAUUCAAUGUUACUACAAAUACUGCAUAAGAAGUUUUUAGCAGAUUAUGAAAAAUGGCACAAAAAAACACGAACUUUUAAAAUGGCGAAUCUUAUUGUCACAAUUAUUAUUAUAUCUGUACAAGUUACUCAAGUCAUAUUGUUCCAACUGAGCGAUAAAACAUUGAGUUCAGGCACCAAAAAAGCUGCUGCUACAAUUCUGCCGUCCAUUACAAGUGCUAUACUUGCUUUGCAACUAAAGCUAGGAUGGUCAGAGAAAGGAACGAGGUGCAAAAAAGCGGCCGCAUUAUUCAAGAAGUUGGCAACACAUUCAAAAUAUCGCAUGGAGAUGCUAGAAGCUGGCGGCGUUUUUUCAGACACUUCAAAAAUAUGGAAUCUUGCUUUGAUAUCUGAAUCUUCUGAAAUACCAGCUUUUGUUUCAGCUUAUUGA